AUGAUUUUCUUGCCAUCCAAUGUUACUUCAGUCUUUCAACCUAUGGACCAGGGUGUGAUCGAAACCUUCAAACGUUACUACAAAAAAGCGUUGCUUCGUAAUGUCCUAAUCGGCCAAGAGGAAGAUAAAACAAUUCUUGAAAUCUACAAAGGUAUUAACUUGAAGAUUGCUGUUUACAUGGCAGCAGAAGCGUGGGCUAAUGUCAAACCGACUACUCUAAAGAAAUCCUGGAAUAAGCUUUGUCCAGCAGUUGAAUCCGAAGCUAGCCCUACAUCUAAAGGAUCAACAAAUGAAAACUUUGUUUCAGAAAUGGUUGAGUUGAUGAAAGAGGUUUCAGGAUUUGGAGAAUGUGACCCAGAAAACGUGCAUGAAUGGCUAGAAUUUGACGAGGAUGAUCCUGGCUACGAAUUGUUGACAGACGACGAUAUAAUAGCACAGGUUCAAGUUCCUGAAGAUGACGACGAUGAAGACGAAAUUAGUGUUGACAUCGUCUCAGCUGAAAAAUGUCCGUCCAGUGAAGAAGGCUUUAAAUGCUUUGAGACUGAUAUUAAAUGGUUGGAACACCAAGAGAAAUGCGAUUAUGUGCAGUUGCUGGCUUUACAUAACGCCAAAGAGAUUUGGCGGCAAAAAAAGGAGCCUCAAAACUUAAGCAAACAAAUAUGUUCGAAUUUUUUUUGUACUAUGUAUUAUCACAUCUAA